AUGGCCUCAGCCGCACCACUAGUGGGCCUACCGAGAUCCAAGUCCAAGGCUUCAUCAGCAUCCGCCACGGCCACCGCCGUGUCAGCAGCUGGGGCUCACGUCAGUGCUUCUCAAUGGAGAGCGCCCGAUAACCCCGACUUUGUUCAUCCGGAUCAUGUAAUUCCACUACCGAGCUAUCCAAGUGCGGACAAUCUCAUCAUUGUUUGCUGCCAUGCCAUCUUCCUUCCGAAUGCAGAUGACGCCAGCUUCCCACUGCGCAGUCCUCACUACGAGCCUAAUUGGCUGCUAGCGCCCUUCCAAAAGUCAGACGAGGCAACAGGCAAGAUAGGCGAGCACGAGACGUUCCUGGCUCAUGUUAAAGCUGGUAUCGAUGCUUUGACUGUUGGAACGGACGCAGAGCACCCUCCUAAGAGCAUCCUCGUCCUCAGUGGUGGAGCCACUAAACGCUCUGAAUCUCUGAAGACGGAGGCACGCUCAUACUAUCAUGCAGCCCUAGCAGAAGAGUUGGCAGAAGGCCAUAUGGGUGGUGGACGAACCCAUCGAUUACACAAUAGAGGCUAUAUCUUACUGGAAGAACAAGCGACCGAUUCAUUCCAAAACCUAUUAUUCAGCAUCCUUUUGUUCAGAAAAGCUACAGGCAACUACCCAAAACGAAUCCGCGUCAUUACACAUGCUUUCAAGGCGAGACGCUUCCUAGAUCUACAUGCCCCAGCGAUACGAUGGCCAAAAGAGCGUAUCCAGGUUCAGGGCAUCGACCCGGUUAUGUCGAGCAGCGAGUUAAGAAGCACACUUCGUGGGGAGGAAGAGAAUGGAUAUACGGCAUGGGAAAGUGAUCCUUUAGGUACCGGAGAUCUUCUAGGCGGAAAGAGACAGCUUCGUGGAUGGGAUGCUAGCAAAGGGGCCAAGCACUUUCAAGGUCUCGAAGAUAGUGUCAAAGAGUUAUUUCAGGGCACGGUAUCUGACGAACUGCCGUGGAUAAGCUAG